AUGCCUCACGAUAUUCCAUCCAAGCCYUGSCAUACUUUAGGAUCUGAUCUGUUCUUUUGGAAUGGUUCASCAUAUCUACUCAUCUCUGACUACUUCAGCAAAUUUCCCAUUGUGCGCAAGCUGAACAACAUUCAAUCAUCUACUGUCAUCGCACACCUUAAAGGUAUAUUUGAAGAACAUGGGAUCCCAGACAAACUUGUCACAGGACAUGACACGCAGUUUACCUCCGCUUUAUUCAAGGAUUUKAGCUGUGCGUAUGGUUUURCUCAUGUCACUACAAGCCCAUACUACAAGCAAUCCAACGGCUUUAUAGAGCGAACUGUACAGACUGUUAAGAAUUUGUUACAGAARUGYAAGGAAUCWGGUGCAGAUCCACACCUUGCAAUGCUAUGUCUUCGCACAACUCCACUAGACCACAACCUUCCAUCGCCUGCAGAACUGCUAAACUCUAGAAGAUACCAGUCAAAUCUUCCAGCCAUAUCCAAGCAUGCUAUGUCUGACAGACCUGACUAUGAUGCUAACACGAAGCURCAGMACAAACAGGAUCGUCAGAAGUACCACUAUGACCAGACUUCGAGAGCGCUACCACCGGUCUACCCACAGGAUGCAUUCAGAGUGUACAACCCUCUCAACUCUAAGUGGGAAGCAGGGACUGUUCAAGCUACCUCAACGACACCUCGUUCUUACACCGUCAACAUGAGCAGAGGCGGGACCUUAACGAGAAACCGUAGACACAUACGCCCUACUAGUGAAACAGUCAAACCUUAUAUUCCAGCGUUGCCAACACCGACGACAUCUGACGAUCUAGCAGUGGACAACAAACCUAACAUAAAACAGGAGCAACCUACACCAAGCAGUCCUAUUAAGCCCAAGGAUACAACACCACCCACUCCACCUGUCCGAAGAUCAACUCGUCUAGUGAAGCCACCUGAUAAACUGAACUUAUAG